UCAAUGAAUUUAUUUUUUUUAAUUUAUUUUCUUAUGAUUUAUUAUUACAGAUCUAUUUUUAAAGAAUAUUCAAAUGAUCAAUAUAUAUUAUCAAUAUUUCAAAAUUCUUCAACAAAAAAAACAUUAUGUAAAAAUGAUCAAUAUAUAUUAACAAUAUAAUCAUUAUUAUCAAUUACUGAAUAUUUAUCGAAUAUUUAUUGAUUAAUGAAUUAUCAAUAUUGAGAACUUUGAAAUAUUGACAAUAUAUAUUGUUCAUUUGAACACUUUAUUAAAUAUACAAUAUAUAAUAAAUAAAAUAUAUCUAUUAAAUAAUAUAAAUAUAAUAUAAAUAUUUUGUAAAAGGUUUAAUAUAAAUAUUAAAAUUUAUUUUUUAUAUUAAUAAUAAUAAUUUUUAUUUUAAAAUUAAUAAUAUAAAAUUCUAUAAAAUUGUUAAUAAUCUUUCAUAUUUUAAUAAUUUUAAAUCUAUAAUAAAUUCAUUUAUCAAAAUUAUAAUUUUAAUUUAAUAAUAAUUUUACAAAUAAUUAAAAAAAUAAUUUUUAUUUUCAAAAAAUUAUAAAAUUAAUUUUUAUUCAUAUAUAUUUAUGAAUUAUUGAUGAAGAUAAAAAAAAUAAAACAAAAUUUUUUAUUUUUAAUUAAAUAUAUUUUUAAUAUUCUUUAAUAAAUUUUUUGAAUUUGUUUUUUUUAUAAUGAAUAUAAUUCGUUUAAUUUAAGUUUAAUUUAUACUUUAAUACUAUAAAGUAAAUUACGUAGUCUAAUUCCAUUCUAUAAUAAUUGUAGUUCAUUAACUUUUUCAUUCUACUAACAUUAUAUUUAUAUUUUAAUAUUUUUUUCAAACAUGAAUGAAUAUGAAAUAAUUACAACACAAGAAUGUUUUCAAAAUGAAAAAAAACAUGAAGAAUAUCAAUAUUUAAAUUUGAUCGAAAAAAUCAUUAAAGAUGGAGCAAGAAAAGAUGAUCGUACUGGCGUGGGAACGUUGUCCAUUUUCGGAACCCAGAUGAGAUUUAAUUUACGAAAUAAUAUAUUUCCAUUAUUAACUACAAAACGUGUAUUUUGGAAAGGUGUAGUGGAGGAAUUGUUAUGGUUUAUUAAAGGAUCCACAAAUGCAAAGAAAUUAAGCGAAAAGGAUGUUCAUAUUUGGGAUGCGAAUAGUUCGCGUGAGUUUUUAGAUUCUUGUGGUUUUAUAGAUAGGGAAGAAGGAGAUUUAGGUCCUAUUUAUGGAUUUCAAUGGAGACAUUUUGGUGCAACAUAUAAAGAUAUGUACAAAGAUUAUAAUGGAGAAGGUAUUGAUCAAUUAAAAGAAGUUAUAGAUAAAAUACGAUAUUCUCCCAAUGAUAGAAGAAUUAUAAUGACAGCAUGGAAUCCAAUUGAUAUUCCAAAAAUGGCUUUACCUCCUUGUCAUUGUUUCGUUCAAUUUUAUGUAAGCAAUGAAGAAUUAUCAUGCCAACUUUAUCAAAGAAGUGCGGAUAUGGGUCUUGGUGUACCAUUUAAUAUUGCAUCUUAUUCUUUGUUAAUUUAUAUACUGGCACAUAUUACAAACUUGAAGCCAGGUGAAUUUAUACAUACAAUGGGCGAUUGUCAUAUAUAUCUUAAUCAUAUAUCCGCACUUGAGGAACAAAUCAAACGUGUACCAAAGCCAUUUCCAUGUUUAAAAAUCAUUAGAAACGUUGAAGAUAUAAACGAUUUUACAGCAAAUGAUUUUGAACUGAUUGGAUAUGACCCACAUGCAAAAAUCUCUAUGCCAAUGGCUGUUUAAAAAUGAAAUUAAUAAACGAAACGAAUAAAGAAACUGAAUGAUCUGCUGCCACAAA